AUUAAAUAUGCGACUGAGUCUCAGAGCAUUUGCUUUCAGCUGCAGAGAGGAGAGGCUGCCCAAGAAUGGGAGGAAGCGCUAUAUCACAUAAUCUGUUUGUCCACAGCCUUUCCUUGGGGUUUACCGAGCUUGAAUGGGAGUUUUUCACCCCCGCUAUUAUAUUCUAUUCAGCAAACAAAUACACAUCAAAUAACCAAGAAAAGGGAAUGGAGAAAACAAAAUGUGGAGAUAUACAACUUGGGUAGAGGGACGUACUGCAACUGGGAGCCCAAAGACAAGUCUAUUCUUGGCAUGCUCUUUCCCAGACGCUGUCACUCCACGGGGAAAUAGGGACACGUUCCAUUGAUUCUUAG